AGUCUUUGUUUUUUAAUGAUAAUGCGAACUUAUCAUGUUGUUUUUAUCAUUGUUUUGUCAUCACCAUAGAGAUGGUUUGUAAACAAACAACUAAAAAAAUACUUGGUUUAUUCAAAUGUCUUAGCCAAGUUAAAAAAUUUAUUACUUAUUAGUAUUAUGUAUUUCAAAAAAUUCAGGAAGGAUUCAAUCUGAAUUUUUAUCUAAUUUAAAUUGUAAAGUUGUUAAAUAUUUUAUCAAGUUAUUUUUAAAUAAUGGAUGAAAACGAUUUGAAAGUAACAGAUUAUUGGGCAGACGCAACGGAACCUCAUGAAGAGUCCAACCUUGUCUUAGAUUCGGUAACCAGCCCUACAAGUCUACUAGGUAGCCGUAGACCAUCAUUAGAUGGUAUAUCUAGUCCAUGUACUUCCCAAUCUGAAAUACGCUCUUUUAAAGACCGUUUACGAGAACAUGUCAACCAAGUUAAAGAAAAGGCUUCUAAUUCUGUUGUUGAACACACUAAAUCUAAAACGUUACAUAAUAUCAAACAACCUGCAGAUCGAUUUGCACAAAUGAUAAGUUCUGAAAAUCUUGCAGUUCAAAUUGCUUUAGAAAAACACGAAAAAGAUAGACAAGAUCAAAUUUUAGAACUCAGCGAUAUGUAUCAGAAAAAUCAUGAAGAAGAGAGUUAUGAUUUCUUUACAAAAGUAUGGGAUCCUCCAAUUAUUCAAGAACAACAAAAUCAACCAAAUGACUCCUGUGAAGUGGAAAUUUCAUAUCCAAAUGAAGAAAACAAGAAAUUAGUAACAACUGAUUUUUUAGGUUUGUCAGAUGGAGAAGAAAUUGAAGUACUAGAUCAUAAAAUAUUACCUUCAAUGGAUACAUCUAUUAAUAUAAAAAAAGCAACCAAAGAAUUAUUAUUUAUUCCUAAUGGAUCACCAGUGAACAUAACAGAGCGCUUGAACAACAGGCAACCACACUAUCCAGAAAAGGAAGGACUAUACGUAUAUUCUUAUCCUCCAGUUCAUAAAAAAUGUCUUAAUAAACUUCAACAGAGAAUUAUUAAAGCUAAAGAGUUUCAUUGGUUUGGAGAAGAUGGUGAAUUAAUUAGAUUACCAGAUCCUUUAGAUAAUUUAUCUGCAUGCUAUGUACCUAAUAUAUUCAACAAUAAUCGUUUCUUAGAUUUAAGUUAUACUAGCGCAGUACCGUUUUUGAGUCCUUACACUUUUAAUUCAAAUUUAAAUUCCAAGGAAGUAAAAUUUGUUCUAGAAUUAGAAAUAGAAAAAAUUCAGUUUAGUCAUCAUGCCCUUUUUAGUAAACAGCAUGUACUUGAUAAACGCUUAAUGCAGCUUUAUAAAAAAUAUAAACAUCGUCAAGAAAUGGCUAGAACAAAAAUACUUUCUGGUAGAUUAGAAGCUUUAAGAAAUGCUAAAAGUACAUUAUUAAAAGUUAUAACUGAGGAAAAUAAUGAAGAGUUGUUGGAAAUUCAUAAAAAUCGUUUACAAAGGUAUAAAACCGAAAUAAAAGAAACUCGUGCUCAAUGUAUGUUAGAAGGUAAAGCUGAUCGCUCAUUGAUAUCUAAUAUUUUAGCUACUUGGAGAGACUUAAAAAAGCUAAGAGAAAGACAAGAAUAUAUAAUAACUAAUACAAAAUUGGAAAUAAUUGUUGAAAAUUGUGAUAAUACUGAUGAAUGGGAAACUGAAUUUAAUAAACAGAUAGAAGAAACUAUUGAAGAACUGAAAGAUAAUAAUAUUGAAGUUAAUAUUACUAAAAUUCGAGAUGAAAUUUUAAAUAGAUUGUCCGAAUCUAUUCGGUCUCCUGGAGAUCCAUUAAUAAAUUUUGUAGUAACAAAUAUUGAGCCAUUAUCUAAUGAUAAGAUAAAUGCUAAAGAUGAAAUUCAGAGAAGAAAUGCAUUAGCCAAAUGUUUCCUGUGGUUUGAAAUUAUAUUUAAUAGUCAUGUUGUUUGUAAAUCUAUAAAAAAACCAAUGAAUAACGAUUUUUGUGCAGAAUUUAAUCAAAAAUUUGUUGUUGAAAUUCAUCAAUGGCCUGAAUCUUUGUCUUUAAAUAUACAUAUGGAUAAUACAAAUUUAAAAACUGUUUUUAACAAAAACCCUAUUACAGAGCUCUUUAUACCAUUUCCUAUUAAUCAUGUAACUUUAGAUAUAAUUGAAACAGAAAAUUUAGAAUUUAGCUGUUUUGGAAGUCAAAAUGUUCAAAAUUCUGGUGUUGGAAGUGGAAUAGAUUUUAAAAUAUUUCCUGAAGAUUCAGAAUCUCUUUGUUUGUACACUUCUGGUGAGGUGAUUUGCAAAGUUGGAUGGGGAAAAUUUGGUGAUAAAAUUUUAAGUCCUCCAGAAAAUUAUUUUAGUGAACUUUAUUCAACGAACUAUUUUCACAGAUUUAAUAUACUGCCAAUUAAAACGGAAAAAAUAUUGAAUUGGAUGAAUGAUAUACAUCCUGAUCCAAAUGAUCCGAAUAAUGCUUCAUUUUAUGAUGCUAUUAAAAGCUUAGAUGAUGAAAUGAUUCGUAGUAUUAAUUCUAAAUUCAGAUUAAAUAUUUACAAACAUUUAUUAGAAUUUUGUUCAGAAGAAGAAUUAGAAUCAAAUCCUAGACUGAAGUUAUUAAAAUUACGUGAUCGAGGAGAAAUAGAAUUUCGAUCAAUAAAAGCAAUCCCUUUAAAAGAAUGGGCAAUACCUAAAGACAUUUUUAGUGAAUUUGAGAAUCGCUUGUCAACAUCUGAAUUAGCUCUAGAAGUUGCUGGUUUAGGAACUAUAGAAACUAGUAGGAUAUGGAGUCGUUAUUCUAUUAUAAGGCUAUAUGAUAAAAUUCUUAAACAAUGUAAACUUGGAAACAGAAAUAAAAUUACUAGGGAUAUAAUUGUUGAAGAUAGUGUACCAGACAUUGGAACUCUUGGAUUGACUUUUAUGAAAAUGUUCCAACCAAAACGUCCAUUAAGACCUAGGAGAAAAGAAAGGAAAAAAAUACCUGUUAAGUGUUUGUCUGAUCAAGAAAUCAAAGUUACUGUAAAUGUAAUGAGAGCUUUUGAAGUUCCUAUUCGAAAAAAUUCAGAUAUUAUGAUUGGAGAUGUAGCAAUGGUUCCAGUUCAGCCAUUUAUUGAAAUUACAUUUAAAAAUUAUACAAGUAGAACAACAACAGCUGAAGGCUCUAAUCCUACUUGGAAUCAAGAUUUACAUCUUACAGUGAGAUCGAAUUCUGUUGAUUUUUAUUCAAAUGAAGUUGAGAUUAUUAAUGAUUACAUUCAUAUCAACAUGUAUGAUGAAAUCACAGUUGAUAUUUUAGAAGAUGAUAGAGUUCGAGAAACUAAUAUCCAUCAACGAUUAGAAAGACAUUGGUUAGGUAGCUGUACACUACCAAUUUCAGCAUUAUUAAAUAAUUCUCAAAUUGAAGGGACAUUUCAAUUGAAUACCCCAAAGCAUUUAUUAGGUUAUGAAAGACACAUGUCAAGUACUGAAAGCUCUCAUUAUCGAAAUUCAACAUUUUUAAGUUUAUUUAUAAUGGCUCAACCACCGCUGAAUUCUACUGAACUUAUUAAAGAAAAAUUAGACUGCAAUGAAACACCAAAUUUUGAAAGGUAUUUAGAGUAUUGGUCUACUGAAGGAGUAAAAUUAUAUUCCAAGCGUCCAGUAAAAACUCUUGUGAUACAUUGCAGUGGCAAAACUGUUUGUGCAACAAGAUAUUUUCGACCUUUACCCCUUCCAUUAUUGUCAGAAGAUUAUCAAACUUCCUCGGAGAUGAUUGCUAGAUUUGUAUCUCUAAUACCUGUUAUCCAUAGUAAUAUUUUAUUAAUGGGUCAUUUUGAUGUAUGGUUAACAGGAGAUCAACUUUUGGGUUUACUCCUUGGUAGAAGCUCAGGUGUUGAUCAUGGUAUUCUUCUUUGUUGUUAUUUUAUGAAACUUGACAUCAAAGUGUGGUUAAUAUUAGGAACUGGUAUCACUCGUGGUGAAGCUGCAUAUGUUUUAACAUUAAAUACACUUCCAGAUCAUUCCACUAUGUACAACAUAUGGGAUCCUUUAAGUGGACAAAAAUAUUCUACUAGUGACAGUUUUUCACCUCUACAAGAAGUUAACUGCUUAAUAAAUGAUGAAAAUAUAUGGUUAAACAUACAAAUUGAAAAGUCUGUUCCCAGAACCAAUUGGGAUGUUAGACAAAAAAGAGACUGGUAUCCUGCUUUUGGACGAUUUCAAGCUGCACCAACUAUUGCAGGUUCAGUUCAGCCACCUACAAUUGAUUAUACUCCUGCAGCAAUAUCAGAUGCUCGCUUUUUACAAGAAAAAUUAGAAAAUAUUUUAAGAAACUCUCUAAUGAAAUGGAGAUUAAAGUCUAAGACAGUAUGGAAUAGAUAUUGUAUCUCAGUUUUAAGGAAAAUUUUACCUUACCUAGAAAAAGAAACUUGGACAAAAAAUAAUAAUGUUGAUACUUCAUAUCUUGAUGAGCUUCAGCAUUUACUUGUGUCUCAUAGGAUAUGUGGAUUUCCAAUAAAUAAGUUAUAUAGUAGUACAGAACAGCUCAUUGAUGCUGUUAAAGCUACCGGUUUACAUUUGAAUGAAAACGAACAAGUUGAAUUUGCUUUAGCUGUCUAUAUACAUCCAUAUCCAAAUCAAGUUCUCUCUGUAUGGAUUUAUUUAGCAUCACUUCAACCCAGACGUUAAUAUUUGCUAAGAAUUCUUUAAUAUUUUUUUUUUUGAGCAUUUAUGUAAUUUUUUAGAUUUUUUAAUAUUAUAUUAAAUAAAAAAGAUCUAUAAUAAACACCCUUCGUAUUUUUUU